AUGUUUAGCACUCGUUUAGCUCUUUUUUCUGGAUUCGUUUUGAUCGCAGCGACCGUCCAGGGGGUACGACUUGAUGUACCCAGAGUCGAAGAUUUCGUCAGGAGAUGGAACGUCGCCGCCACAGUGAUAGGUGAUUACGUCUACAUCGAUGGUGGCGAGAUCAAUCAGUUCGAGAAUGGGACGAUAGACAGCGCUCCAUGUUACCAAGUGAAUUCAACACUGUCCAUUGAUAUCUCCACCUCUUGGACUACAAGCAAUGUUUCUAUCCGGACGAUAGGGAAACCCAACCCCCCUAGAAACUCACCAGCAUUAUGGAGAGACAAGGAGGGAAAUGGCGGGUUCUACUCUUGGGGUGGUGUGUUCUCCUUGGGAAGGUUCGUGACCAAGUCCGAGAUGUGGAGGUUCAGCACUGAUGGCCGGGGCGGCGGGAGCUGGUCACUUGUUCAGGAUUUUGCAAAUCCGGAGGUCUUUCGAGGUUUAUUAUCACCAGAGGGGGGGGCCCAUGCUAACACCGACGACAAUGGCUUUCUAAUCGGAGGUUCCGUUUGGGGUGGGACACAAUUGGGUUUCACAGACACUCAGGCCAUCCCGGGCAUGGUCUCAUUUGACAUGCGAACUAAAGAGAUCAGCAAUGGCACAACCAAUGAUGUGGGCUCCAACAGAAGCCCAUUUGAGACACUCAUUGGGGCAAGAGCUCACUUCAUCCCGCCAACCACUGGAACGAAGACGCACCAAGGGGUGAUAUUAGUCUUGGGGGGCCACAAGUCUUACGUCGAUCGGCACGUCAGCCUUGAAGACUCGCCUGGCUUCGAUUUCAAGAACUUGACAUUCUUCGACCCGGAUACCAGAGAAAGAUACUGGCAAAUUGCCACAGGAGAUAUACCGCCUUAUCCCCGGGCUCACUUCUGCGUCACUGGUUUUGCUGUAGCAGGUGGUGGUUAUGAUGUUUUCAUGUUCGGAGGACGGAACGAGGCACAACAGACCUAUUACGAGGAUGCCUACAUUCUCAGCCUGCCAGGCUUUGUGCUCAGUAUCGGGGGAAAUACAGAUAAAAUCAAGUCUGUAGAUGCAGCUCCCCAAGGCUUACUGAUCUUUGACAUGACAGCACACGCAUGGAAGGAUAGCUACGACGCCAAAGCUAAGAACUAUUCAAGGGCCCCAAUUGUGGAAGCAUGGUAUCAAGAUGGGGGCAUGAACAAGGUCAAUUGGUCUUCAGAGCAGGUGAAAGCCCUCUUCGUCACAGAUACGGGCACCGCACCUCCAGGGGUUCCGCCCGGCGAGCGAUCAGAGACCCCCGAAGGCACAGAACAAGUGGACUCAGGGACACAGAUCCCAGCCGGAGCCAUAGCAGGAGCAGGAGCCGGAGGAAUGCUCGCCUUGGCUAUUCUAGUCACUCUUGCCAUUUGGAUGGUUUAUCGUCACAAGAAAGCGAAGAAAGAAGAGACCAACAAGCCCCAAUGGCCACAGACUCUGAAACAGUCCAGUCAGUCUCAUUUGAUGAAAAUGCCCAUUGACAGACCCGAGUCCGAUAGGCUUUGUGGUUACCGGGGGUCAUCACGAUUAGCAAACAACACAUCGAGUAACAGCGCUCGGAUGACGGUGCAAAGAGUGGAAGUCAGUGUGAACAAUGACCAUUGGGAGUUGCCAGUAGCCCCCAAAGGCGCUGUCGGUUGGUGA